AACUGUGAGGAAUAGAGGCUGUUCUCAGAGUUUAGUAUAUUUCUACAAGUUGAAGCUAUUCAGAGAGAUUCUUGGAAAUCCUUGAUAUGUAACUUUACAUGGAUUUAGGCCUAAUUGGCCACUUUUAGUUUUUAACUGCUAGGGUGGAGAGAUUUUGCUUGACAAAUGAUGAAGUAAAUCCAUUGUCUAGAAUUGAGAUUAAGGGAUUUAAAAGCUGGAGAGGAACAAUGAAUUGCCUGGAAGGUAAAUAUCCUCAGUUAGAGGCAGAUUAUUUUCUCCAGAUUACAUCCCAGAUCUGACAUAGUCUUGUCUCUCACAGGUUGAGUUGCAGGUUGGCUACAUUUUGUGUAUUUGGAAACGUACAAAGUACUCUGAAUUUCAUGAAAUAUUUUGAGGCAAAGUUGGACCGGAAUGUCCCCAAAUAUGGUAGAGCAAAUAGCACAGCUGCCAGAGAAAGAUCCUACACUUUAAAGAGAAGAAGCAGACAACUUCCUGGUGAAUUUAGGACUGCUUGAUGAAAUUGUUACAGUGACCCCAGCCUUCAGCCACCACCACCUGUCAGUCAGCAGCCAUCAACACAAAGGCAAGACCCUCCUCCACCAGCACGAAGACUACGACUCACUGAAGGCUCAGCUGAUCACUAGCACUUUUUGACAGUAAACUGUUUUUUAAUAAAGAGUUCCAUUUUAAUUGCUGUUAAUCAUUUCAGAGAAGAACACUGGACUUUGAAAAAAAUGUUGGAAGCCAUUGACAAAAAUCGGGCCCUGCAUGCAGCAGAGCGCUUGCAAACCAAGCUGCGAGAACGUGGGGAUGUAGCAAAUGAAGACAAACUGAGCCUUCUGAAGUCAGUCCUGCAGAGCCCUCUCUUCAGUCAGAUUCUGAGCCUUCAGACUUCUGUACAGCAGCUGAAAGACCAGGGAAAUAUUGCAACUUCAGCAACUUCAAAUAUUGAAUAUGCCCACGUUCCUCAUCUCAGCCCAGCUGUGAUUCCUACUCUGCAAAAUGAAUCGUUUUUAUUAUCCUCAAACAAUGGGAAUCUGGAAGCACUUACAGGAUCUGGUAUUCCACACAUUAAUGGGAAACCUACUUGUGAUGAAUUUGAUCAGCUUAUCAAAAAUAUGGCCCAGGGUCGCCAUGUAGAGGUUUUUGAGCUGCUCAAACCUCCAUCUGGAGGCCUUGGGUUUAGUGUUGUGGGACUAAGAAGUGAAAACAGAGGAGAGCUGGGAAUAUUUGUACAAGAGAUACAAGAGGGCAGUGUGGCUCAUAGAGAUGGAAGAUUGAAAGAAACUGAUCAAAUUCUUGCUAUCAAUGGACAGGCUCUCGAUCAGACAAUUACACAUCAGCAGGCUAUCAGCAUCCUACAGAAAGCCAAAGAUACUGUCCAGCUUGUUAUUGCCAGAGGCUCGUUGCCUCAGCUUGUCAGCCCCAUAGUUUCCCGUUCUCCAUCUGCAGCCAGCACAAUUUCAGCUCACUCUAAUCCGGUUCAUUGGCAACACGUGGAAACUAUUGAAUUGGUGAAUGAUGGAUCUGGUUUGGGAUUUGGCAUCAUAGGAGGAAAAGCAACUGGUGUGAUAGUAAAAACCAUUCUGCCUGGAGGAGUAGCUGAUCAGCAUGGGCGUUUAUGCAGUGGAGACCACAUUCUAAAGAUUGGUGACACAGAUUUAGCAGGAAUGAGCAGUGAGCAAGUAGCACAAGUCCUUAGGCAAUGUGGAAAUAGAGUUAAGUUGAUGAUUGCAAGAGGUGCCAUAGAAGAACAUACAGCACCCACUGCUUUGGGCAUCACCCUCUCCUCAUCUCCAGCUUCAAUGCCAGAGUCGCGGGUUGAUGCUUCUACUCAGAAAGGUGAAGAAAGUGAGACAUUUGAUGUAGAACUCACUAAAAAUGUCCAAGGAUUAGGAAUUACCAUUGCUGGCUACAUUGGAGAUAAAAAAUUGGAACCUUCAGGAAUCUUUGUAAAGAGCAUUACAAAAAGCAGUGCCGUUGAGCAUGAUGGAAGAAUCCAAAUUGGAGACCAAAUUAUAGCAGUAGAUGGCACAAACCUUCAGGGUUUUACUAAUCAGCAAGCAGUAGAGGUAUUGCGACACACAGGACAAACUGUGCUCCUGACACUAAUGAGGAGAGGAAUGAAGCAGGAAGCCGAGCUCAUGUCAAGGGAAGACGUCACAAAAGAUGCAGAUUUGUCUCCUGUUAAUGCCAGCAUAAUCAAAGAAAAUUAUGAAAAAGAUGAAGAUUCUUUAUCUUCGAGGAGAAACACCAACAUAUUACCAAUUGAAGAAGAAGGGUAUCCGUUACUGUCAGCUGAGAUAGAAGAAAUAGAAGAUGCACAAAAACAAGAAGCUGCCCUGCUGACAAAAUGGCAAAGGAUUAUGGGAAUUAACUAUGAAAUAGUGGUGGCCCAUGUGAGCAAGUUUAGUGAGAACAGUGGACUGGGGAUAAGCCUGGAAGCAACAGUGGGACAUCAUUUUAUCCGAUCUGUUCUACCAGAGGGUCCUGUUGGACACAGCGGGAAGCUUUUCAGUGGAGACGAGCUAUUGGAAGUAAAUGGCAUAACUUUACUUGGGGAAAAUCACCAAGAUGUGGUGAAUAUCUUAAAAGAACUGCCUAUAGAAGUGACAAUGGUGUGCUGUCGUCGAACUGUGCCACCCACCACCCAAUCAGAAUUGGAUAGUCUGGACUUAUGUGAUAUUGAGCUAACAGAAAAGCCUCAUGUAGAUCUAGGUGAGUUCAUCGGGUCAUCAGAGACAGAGGAUCCAGUGCUGGCGAUGACUGAUGCGGGUCAGAGUACAGAGGAGGUUCAAGCACCUUUGGCCAUGUGGGAGGCUGGCAUUCAGCACAUAGAGCUGGAGAAAGGGAGCAAAGGACUUGGUUUUAGCAUUUUAGAUUAUCAGGAUCCAAUUGAUCCAGCAAGCACUGUGAUUAUAAUUCGUUCUUUGGUGCCUGGAGGCAUUGCUGAAAAGGAUGGACGACUUCUUCCCGGUGACCGACUCAUGUUUGUAAAUGAUGUUAACUUGGAAAACAGCAGUCUUGAGGAAGCUGUAGAAGCACUGAAGGGAGCACCAUCAGGAACUGUGAGAAUAGGAGUUGCUAAGCCUUUACCCCUUUCACCAGAAGAAGGUUAUGUUUCUGCUAAGGAGGAUUCCUUUCUCUACCCACCACACUCCUGUGAGGAAGAAGGGCUGGCUGACAAACCCCUCUUCAGGGCUGACUUGGCUCUGGUGGGCACAAAUGAUGCUGACUUAGUUGAUGAAUCCACAUUUGAGUCUCAAUACUCUCCUGAAAAUGACAGCAUCUACUCUACUCAAGCCUCUGUUUUAUCUCUUCAUGGCAGUUCUUGUGGUGAUGGCCUGAACUACGGUUCUUCCCUUCCAUCAUCUCCUCCUAAGGAUGUUAUCGAAAAUUCUUGUGAUCCAGUACUUGAUCUGCAUAUGUCUUUGGAGGAACUGUAUACCCAGAAUCUCCUGCAAAGACAGGAUGAGAAUACACCUUCGGUGGACAUAAGUAUGGUGCCUGCUUCUGGCUUUACUAUAAAUGACUACACACCUGCAAAUGCUAUUGAACAACAAUAUGAAUGUGAAAACACAAUAGUGUGGACUGAAUCUCAUUUACCAAGUGAAGUUAUAUCAAGUGCAGAACUUCCUUCUGUGCUACCCGAUUCAGCUGGAAAGGGCUCUGACUACCUGCUUGAACAGAGCUCCCUGGCCUCUAAUGCUGAGUGUGUCAUGCUUCAAAAUGUAUCUAAAGAAUCUUUUGAAAGAACUAUUAAUAUAGCAAAAGGCAAUUCUAGCCUAGGAAUGACAGUUAGUGCUAAUAAAGAUGGCUUGGGGAUGAUUGUUCGAAGCAUUAUUCAUGGAGGUGCCAUUAGUCGAGAUGGCCGGAUUGCCAUUGGGGACUGCAUCUUGUCCAUUAAUGAAGAGUCUACCAUCAGUGUAACCAAUGCCCAGGCACGAGCUAUGUUGAGAAGACAUUCUCUCAUUGGCCCUGACAUAAAAUUUUCUGCAGCACCUGCUGACGAUCGAGCCCCCUUUUAUGUAAUUACUUAUGUGCCUGCAGAACAUUUGGAAGAGUUCAAAAUAAGCUUGGGACAGCAAUCUGGAAGAGUAAUGGCAUUGGAUAUUUUUUCUUCAUGCACUGGCAGAGACAUUCCAGAAUUACCAGAGCGAGAAGAGGGAGAGGGUGAAGAAAGCGAACUUCAAAACACAGCAUAUAGCAAUUGGAAUCAGCCCAGGCGGGUGGAACUCUGGAGAGAACCAAGCAAAUCCUUAGGCAUCAGCAUUGUUGGUGGACGAGGGAUGGGGAGUCGGCUAAGCAACGGAGAAGUGAUGAGGGGCAUUUUCAUCAAACAUGUUCUGGAAGAUAGUCCAGCUGGCAAAAAUGGAACCUUGAAACCUGGAGAUAGAAUCGUAGAGGUGGAUGGAAUGGACCUCAGAGAUGCAAGCCAUGAACAAGCUGUGGAAGCCAUUCGGAAAGCAGGCAACCCUGUAGUCUUUAUGGUACAGAGCAUUAUAAACAGACCAAGGAAAUCCCCUUUGCCUUCCUUGCCGCACAACCUUUACCCUAAGUACAGCUUCAGCAGCACUAACCCAUUUGCUGACUCUCUACAAAUCAACGCCGACAAGGCACCCAGUCAGUCAGAGUCAGAGCCAGAGAAGGCUCUGUUGUGCAGUGUGCCCCCACCCCCUCCUUCAGCCUUUGCAGAAAUGGGUAGUGAUCACACACAGUCAUCUGCAAGCAAAAUCUCACAAGAUGUGGACAAAGAGGAUGAGUUUGGUUACAGCUGGAAAAAUAUCAGAGGGCGUUAUGGAACCCUAACAGGCGAGCUGCAUAUGAUUGAACUGGAGAAAGGUCAUAGUGGUUUGGGCCUAAGUCUUGCUGGGAACAAAGACCGAUCCAGGAUGAGUGUCUUCAUAGUGGGGAUUGAUCCAAAUGGAGCUGCAGGAAAAGAUGGUCGAUUGCAAAUUGCAGAUGAGCUUCUAGAGAUCAAUGGUCAGAUUUUAUAUGGAAGAAGUCAUCAGAAUGCCUCAUCAAUCAUUAAAUGUGCCCCUUCUAAAGUGAAAAUAAUUUUUAUCAGAAAUAAAGAUGCAGUGAAUCAGAUGGCUGUAUGUCCUGGAAAUGCAGUAGAACCUUUGCCUUCUAACUCAGAAAAUCUUCAAAAUAAGGAGACAGAGCCAACUGUUACUACUUCUGAUGCAGCUGUGGACCUCAGUUCAUUUAAAAAUGUGCAACAUCUGGAGCUUCCCAAGGAUCAGGGGGGUUUGGGUAUUGCUAUCAGCGAAGAAGAUACUCUCCGUGGAGUCAUCAUAAAGAGCUUAACAGAGCAUGGGGUAGCAGCCACGGAUGGACGACUCAAAGUCGGAGAUCAGAUAUUGGCUGUAGAUGAUGAAAUUGUUGUUGGUUACCCUGUUGAAAAGUUUAUUAGCCUUCUGAAGACAGCAAAGACAACGGUAAAACUUACCAUCCAUGCUGAGAAUCCAGAUUCCCAGGCUGUUCCUUCAGCAGCUGGUGCAGCCAGUGGAGAAAAAAAGAACAGCUCCCAGUCUCUGAUGGUCCCACAGUCUGGCUCCCCGGAACCGGAGUCCAUCCGAAAUACAAGCAGAUCAUCAACACCAGCAAUUUUUGCUUCUGAUCCUGCAACCUGCCCCAUUAUCCCUGGCUGCGAAACAACCAUCGAGAUUUCCAAAGGGCGAACAGGGCUGGGCCUGAGCAUCGUUGGGGGUUCAGACACGCUGCUGGGUGCCAUUAUUAUCCAUGAAGUUUAUGAAGAAGGAGCAGCAUGUAAAGAUGGAAGACUCUGGGCUGGAGAUCAGAUCUUAGAGGUGAAUGGAAUUGACUUGAGAAAGGCCACACAUGAUGAAGCAAUCAAUGUCCUGAGACAGACGCCACAGAGAGUGCGCCUGACACUCUACAGAGAUGAGGCCCCAUACAAAGAGGAGGAAGUGUGUGACACCCUCACUGUUGAGCUGCAGAAGAAGCCAGGAAAAGGCCUAGGAUUAAGUAUUGUUGGUAAAAGAAACGAUACUGGAGUAUUUGUGUCAGACAUUGUCAAAGGAGGAAUUGCAGAUGCCGAUGGAAGACUGAUGCAGGGAGACCAGAUAUUAAUGGUGAAUGGGGAAGACGUUCGUAAUGCCACCCAGGAAGCAGUUGCUGCUUUGCUAAAGUGUUCCCUAGGCACAGUAACCUUGGAAGUUGGAAGAAUCAAAGCUGGUCCAUUCCAUUCAGAGAGGAGGCCAUCUCAAAGCAGCCAGGUGAGUGAAGGCAGCCUGUCGUCUUUCACUUUUCCACUCUCUGGAUCCAGUACAUCUGAGUCCCUGGAAAGUAGCUCAAAGAAGAAUGCAUUGGCGUCUGAAAUACAGGGAUUAAGAACAGUUGAAAUAAACAAGGGCCCUACUGACUCACUGGGAAUCAGCAUCGCUGGAGGAGUAGGCAGCCCACUUGGUGAUGUGCCUAUAUUUAUUGCAAUGAUGCACCCAACUGGAGUUGCAGCACAGACCCAAAAACUAAGAGUUGGGGAUAGGAUUGUCACUAUCUGUGGCACAUCCACUGAGGGCAUGACUCACACCCAAGCAGUUAACCUACUGAAAAAUGCAUCCGGUUCCAUUGAAAUGCAGGUGGUUGCUGGAGGAGAUGUGAGUGUGGUCACAGGUCAUCAGCAGGAGCCUGCAAGUUCCAGUCUUUCUUUCACUGGGCUGACAUCAAGCAGUAUAUUUCAGGAUGAUUUAGGACCUCCUCAAUGUAAGUCUAUUACACUAGAGCGAGGACCAGAUGGCUUAGGCUUCAGUAUAGUUGGAGGAUAUGGCAGCCCUCAUGGAGACUUACCCAUUUAUGUUAAAACAGUGUUUGCAAAGGGAGCAGCCUCUGAAGACGGACGUCUGAAAAGGGGCGAUCAGAUCAUUGCCGUCAAUGGGCAGAGUCUAGAAGGAGUCACCCAUGAAGAAGCUGUUGCCAUACUUAAACGGACAAAAGGCACUGUCACUUUGAUGGUUCUCUCUUGAAUUGGCUGUCAGAAUUGAGCCAACCCAACCCCUAGCUCACCUCCUACUGUAAAGAGAAUGGACUGGUCCUGAAAUUUUUUAUGUUGUGUUCAGCUGGGUCUUCAAAACUAUAGGGGGGAAAUAACACUUAAGUUUGUUUUUCUCAUAUAGAAAUGCCUUCCUUACUGACAACCUAACAUCAUUUUUCUUUUCUUCUUGCAUUUUGUGAACUUAAAGUCAAAGAGAAGGAAUAUUUCUGUAGGUGACUCUCGUUUUUAUUUGUGAAGAUAUCUAAUGUUUUGUAGUCACAUGGGCAAGAAUUAUUACAUGCUAAGCUGGUUAGUAUAAAGAAAGAUAAUUCUAAAGCUAACCAAAGAAAAUGGCUUCAGUAAAUUAGGAUGAAAAAUGAAAAUAUAAAAUAAAGAAGAAAAUAUCAGGGAGUUUAAAAAAAUGCCUCAAUUUGGCAAUCUACCUCCUCUCCCCAACCCAAACUAAAAAAAGAAAAAAAAGUUUUCUAUUCAAAAUCUUUAAAAAUACUGUCAGUAUUUUAAAAUUUUCAACACAGUAUUAUAAAAACAUUGCAUCUCCCCACCUCUAAUAUUCAUAUAUAUUUUUCCUGCUAAAAUUGGUUUCCACAGUUGAGCAAAUGGCAAAUAUAUGAAGCAAUGUCCCUAAAUUUUAUAAAGAAAUUAUAUUUAAUGCACAUCUCAAUUUUCAUUUUUAUUUUUGACCUUUUAUAAAAUAUUUUCAUGUUGCUAUAAGUAAAUGAUGAUGCCACCCCAUGUUGACUAUGGUUUUUCUAGAAAGCAACUAUGCUGCCAACCAUAGAGGAACAUAGAAGGGUUCCAGAAUCUUUAGUGCUGGUUUUAACAACCGAUGCAACAUUAAAAAUGUGUUAGUGUGCUGUGCAAUUGGUUUUCAAUUCGUAUUAAUCUUAAUGACAGAGAACAAUGUGUUACUAAUUAUUUUGGUUGUAUGCCAUUAGUAAAUUGAUAGAAAAAUUAAGGGGAUUAACAUAACUUCAUUUCAUUGCCUUAUAUUAACAUCUUAUAAUACAAUAGUUUAAGACUAAGGGAAACAGAUGGAGCUGUUUAUUGAGACAACUGGUGAGGAAUUAUCAUGUGUUCAUUCCCAUUUUAGACCGUGAAACUCCUACAUUAGAAUAUAUAAAGUCACUUUAAAUAUUAUCUAUAUUUGUAACAGAAGUAGUGUACAGAUAUUUUAUUACAGCAUUUUUGUGUAAAUGCAGAAUUAAAGUGAAUAAAUAAGAAUUUUCAGUGGUGCACAAAUAAGCAGCAAGCAUAUUUUUUUGUUCUUUUUACUGUGGAAAAGCUUUCUUAUAUACUGUUCAAGAUUUACAACUUAAAAUUGGUUUUUAUCAUGUCUAACUGCACAUAUGGUGUCCAUAGUUACAGCUAAAGGAACUUUGGACAACAUCUUUAUGGAAAGCUUAAUAUUUUUUACCUUCACAAUUUUUUCUAGCACUAAAGAUUCAUAGACUCCUCAGAGAUGAGAGGAAGAUGACAUUGUAGAAAGAGAAGUAUCCUGCCUGUAUAUAUUCUUCUCAAAUGCUGUUAAUGCAGUAAUAUUGUAAGUUGCUCUUUAAUGUAGUCAAGAACUAUUCAAGUGUAUUCAGAUGGACAAAAUCAUAAUCAAAAUUAUUUGUAUUAAUAAACAUAACAAGUCCAGCUUGAACACUGAGCAAGGAAUGAGGGGGACUGUGUUCUACUAAUUUUGUACCAAAUUAGCUAACAAACUUGCAUUUCCCUCUCGUUCAUCUUAUCUGUAAAAUGAUAGAUUAUUUUAUCACAAAGGUUCUAUUUAGUUCUAAAAUAUAAGAAUUCCGUGAUUCUUAGUUACACAAAACGAAUAGAAGAAACUACAUAUUGUAACAACUCGAAAGUUGUUAAACAAUCAUUGUAAAUUUAGGUGCUCAAUGUAACAAAAUUCAUUUUAGUAUCCCAGUGACACAUCUACCUUCUUAGCCAUCAUUUAGUGGCGUUCCAUAACGAAAGAUGCCAUUAUUUCAUGGUAAGCUGCUGGAAGAUGGACUAACCUCCCAUCUGAGUUUGAGCUAGCAAAGACUUUUUAUAGAGGGUGCUCCAUACCAGACUGUGUGGGAGACAGCCACCCAACCCCUUCAAGUUUCAUAAUAUGUCUAAGUGCCCCCAACAAGAACAGCCCAGUUUAAAUAGUGUCUUCCCAUGAUUCAUGUCCAUCUGGAACCUCAGAACGUGAUCUUUGGAAAUGGGGUCUUUGCAGAUGUAAUCAGUUAAGUUCAUGCUGGUUUAUGGUGUUCUCUAUCCUAUGACUGGUUUCUGUGUAAGUAGGCAUUGUAAAGGCACAGACAUAGGGAAGAAGGCCCCAUGAAGAUGGGGGCAAAACAAAACAAAACAAAACAAACAAGCCAAGGAAUACCUAGGGGGCCCUCAAAAGCUGGAAGAGACAAGGAAUGUUUUCUCCCUAGGGCCUUCAGAAGGAAGUUGGCCUUAUUGACACCUUGAUUUCAGGCUUCUGCCCUCCAUGCUGUGACAAAAUAAAUUUUUGUUGUUUUAAGCCACAGUUUGUGGUACUUUGUUUAAGCACUGGGAAACUGAUAGAGUAUCUUAAAUGUUGGUUGCACAUGGUGGCUCGUGCCUGUAAUUCCAGCACUGCGAGAGGCUGAGGUGAGCUGAUCUCUUGAGCUCAGGAUUUUGAGACCAGCCUGAGCAACAUGGUAAAACCCUGUUGCUACAGAAAGUACAAAAAAAAAAAAAAAAAAAAAAAACUAGCCAGACAGCUACUUGGGAGGCUGAGGCAGGAGAAUCACUUGAGCCUGGGAGGCAGCGUUUGCAAUGAGCGAAGAUCGCACCAUUGCACUUCAGUGGGCGAUGGGCGUAAAAUCUUGUCUCAAAAAAAAAAAAAAAAAAAAAAAGUUUAUGUGUCCUGAGCUACUGUCAUUAUGUCUGGCUAACAGGAGAAACUCUAUGAGUAGCUAUUAAUUAACAAAGACAAAGCACAUUAAAGAGAAAAUGGAAGGAGGGAGGGAGGAAGGAAAGUAAAGUUUGAGAGGAAAAGUAUAUAGAUUCAUAAGUACUGGGGAUAAGUAAUGAAGCCUUAUGCUUGCUAUAUUAUUUCUUUCUGGAAAUAUAGUAGUUGUCUGUGGUGAAAAAAGAAAGAAGAAAGUGCUUGAACAAAGAGUUUAAAUAAAGACUUGACUUACAGUGUUAGUGCCAACGUACUACCCAAAACAGUGGAUUGCCCAUAAUAGGUUCCAUAAAUAUAAUUAUGUUUGAUUAAAUCAAACUGGAAAUACCACAGAUUUCUGGUAUUCUUCAUACCACUCCAAAAGGACAAUAACAGUAAUAAAAUAUUUCAUUUAUAUAUAUAUAUAUAAUGAACAGUAAUAAAGUAUUUUUUAUAUAUAUACACACACACACACACAUAUAUAUUAGCAGCAGGAAUAGCAAGGUAAUGUAGCAAAUCAGUAAAAUUCAUAUAUCAGAACAGUGAUGGAGUUAGAAGCAUAAAAUAUUAAAAUUCAUUAAAGAUAAGACAACGGGGCCAGGCGCGGUGGCUCACGCCUGUAAUCCCAGCACUUUGGGAGGCCGAGGCAGGCGGAUCACGAGGUCAGGAGAUCGAGACCAUCCUGGGUAACACGAUGAAACCCUGUCUCUACUAAAAAUACAAAAAAAUUAGCCGAGCGUGGUAGCGGGCGCCUGUAGUCCCAGCUACUUGGGAGGCUGAGGCAGGAGAAUGGUGUGAACCCGGGAGGUGGAGCUUGCCAUGAGCCGAGAUCAAGCCACUGCACUCCAGCCUGGGUGACAGAGUGAGACUCCGUCUCAAAAAAAAAAAAAAAAAAAAGAUAAAGGAGGAGAGGGUUUUUUUUUUUUCCAUUUUAUGAAUAUUGACAAAGCAGAUUCUGAUAGAUAUGAAGAAGCAAAGGGAGCUCUUCCCUGCUCUGAGAUAUACAAUACUAAACUGCCUUAGAUUUGCUCAGCUAGUUUAUUGUCUGACAAUGCCAUGCAAUGACUUGGUGCCCCUCUUGAGAUCCCAGGGUGAAUAGAGAAGUUGAAAAGAUGUGUUCAGGGAGACAAGUAAUAAAUAGGCUUUUUUUUUUUUUGGUUUAGGUGUGGGAAUGUCAAAACUAUCAUCACUUGCUUUCAGCAGCCCUGGUGUGUUGUUUCAUGUCGGUGACAGAUAUUCUGGAAUGCAUUUGAUUUGUGCAAAGAUGUUUCUCAACUUUGACUACUAGGAAUUAAGGUAUAACUUUGUCCUUUUCUAAAGAGAGUUAUUUGUAAGGCAGGAUUGGCCUUCAAUACCUUAAGAGGCAAAAAAUUGGUGUCAAGAAAAGUUCUAACUAAGACCAUGAAAACUGGGGAAAGCAAGUGUUCUUAAGGUGAUUUUUAUAUGCUUGGCAUUGAAAUUUCCUUUUCCUCAAAAUACAAGUAUUCCAUAUUCAUUUCAAUGUAAUUUAGAACAAAAAUGAUAUUAUCUGUGUAAGAAUUGUUAUUGUCAGUCAAGUACUGAAAUUUCAAUAAUAGGCCCUUAAAAGGCAUUCUGUCAAGCAGGAGGCAAAUGUAUGGUAAGGAUCUCAGAAUUGUCUCACUGGAAUUGUUAUUUGAAAUUUCCAAAAGGAUAACACCAUCAAAACACUGCCUUAGGCUGCUUCUAGGAGGAAACUUCAACUUGUUCAUUUAACUUUAGACACUUUUUGGAAGGUUGUGUCAAGUGUGAGUAUUUUGUGAUCCUUUCUCCCCCCACCCUCCUCUUCUUUACAUCCAUAUUUUCAGAAACACAGUUAUCCUUGGAAAACAUAAUUUUUCUUCUUACAUAUUUUCUUAUUGAUGUACUGGAAAUUAUGAUUUUUGACCUGAGUCUACCUUAAAAUAUUUGGCCUUCACAGUUCCACUACACUGAACUUCAUUCACCUAAAUGUACUUUAUUCCAUUCAGCAAAACUUAAAAAAUUUAUCUUGUUUUGGAAAAUUAAAUGAGAUAACUGCAUGUUAAGUACUAAUACUGUGCACACAAUAAGCUUUUAAGGAAUGAUGGGAGCAGUUGUACUUAUAAGACAUAGAGUCAUAUAAAUUCAGUACUUUCUCUAAAUAACCUUCCAUUUUUAUUUUUGUGUAAUCAUGUCUUGUUCUUUGGAAGUUGGAUGCAAAUCAACUUAUACAAAACUUUCCAAAGUUUCAGUUGUUUUACAUACAACCUUCAUGAUGUUUCCCAUAUUUUUCUAUAACUGUACUAUGAAUUACUAAACAUUUUUCUUUAAAGCAGACUGAUUUUAAGUUAAAUUUGCUCAAAAGAAAUAGUAUCUCAUUACUUUCAAUGGAAAACCAGUAUCAUUUGCCAUAAAUACAAAAUAACUAUGAGCAAAAGUUCAUAAAGCAAAGAAACAAAAUUCUGCCAAGAUACUAUUAUCCACCAAGAGUCAAAACUGUCGGUCUGUGCCCUGCUGUCUGUUAGAAAGGGAGAAUCACAAAUGUUAGAAUAGUGUUAAAAACUCCAUGGAAACUCUUUUCUGGGCUUAAAGGAACUGAAUGGUAUUUUCAUACCUUUCUAAUCAUGUGAUUCAAUAUUUCCUAGUGCCUUGUCAGUGCCACCUAAAAUCAUGAUCUUAUGAUGUGCUUCCUCUUUGGAAAAAACUCUAAAAUAGUAAUACUAAAAUCAAGAACAUUUUGUUUAUAGGACUCCUUUUUUUAAGAUGUGAAAGCCAGCCAGUCAAUUCCUGUUCUUAAGUAUAUUCUUAGCUAGGGAGGUUGCUUAAGAUUUUGUUUAUAAGACUUUCACUAAAAUCAGAAUUGGGUCAUCGUGCCCAGUGCUUUAGUUUUGGCAAUCUGAGUUUGAAAUAAAGGACAAAUGACAUAAAUUAAUGGAGUAAAAUUAAUGUUGUGGUAAUAUUAAAUAAAGCUAAUGCCUUUUGCACCUGGAGGGCUAUACAGAUGGCAGGCAUACCUAAUUAUGCACCCUGCUGCCUUUAAGUGUACUGAUAAAAAUCUCUCAACUGAGUAUGAAAUAUGUUCGUUCACUGGCUCCAGAAAAGUUUGAGUAAGGCAACACAAUCCACAAAAAGCCUAACAUACUUAUUUUUUAGUGUAAAGAAAUACAAUUCUGUAAGUUGAAAUAAUUGAAUACUUAUUUUUAAAACAAGUUAUUACUACUGUUGCAUUUGUUCUUUCUGUGAAUAUCAAAAUAUAUGUCUGUCAUUCCCAUUAGAAAAUGAUUAUUCCCAAACUAGCAAGGAAGUACUUAAAUGUAAGUUUAUAUUUUUACAUGCUGCACAUGAAUUAAAGAGAAUAAUUUACUAGUGGAAUUCUAAAUAAAUUGAUUUGCUUUGUUUAGGUAUAAAUUGGAUUUGUUAAUCAUUGCUGAGAUAUUUAUAAACUUGUUCAAUUCUUUAAGAAGUAACUUCUCUAGAAAAUAUUUUGCUUUAGUUAAAAAUAUAGAUAUUUUGCUACAGAUAUUUCAGAAACGUGACUGAGCUUUAAAAACCUUACUAUGAGUUCUCUUCACUUAAGGAAUGUAUUCCCAUGAACUUCAUUUUGUUGCAUUUGGAAACCUACGCAAUUAAAAGUAUAACCAGCAACUACUGCUGUUAGCUUCAGAAUGAUUUUUAAAAUCCUAUUUCUAAUAUUUGUUACACAUUCCUAUUAUGUUUCUUAUAAUUACACAUGUAUUUAUUACCUACAUUUUUUAAAAUAAAGGACCAGUAAACUAUGA